AUACCGGUAUGCGACAAAGUCGAAGAAUCUUGUUUGUCGGACCUGGCCCUGGCCUGGAGCUGGAAUUGUCUUUAUAUCCUCGAUCUAAAUUAAGGAACCGUUAUUCACACUGCAAAGGGAUAUUAGUUUGUGCAGCAGGAUCUGAAUCAUUUGGAGGAUAUUUCACUAAAACAUGUUGUUCAUAGCGAUUAAAAGCACCCGUAUUCGAUCCGGCUGACAUUUGCCAUUUGAUCGGUUGUGUCAACGGUGACUACGCCUGACCUUUCCCGGUAUGGGAAGACUGACUUCGGUGAGCUGUAGCCAGGGCCGGGAAUAGCUGCGGCGCGCAGACCUAACUCAUUGACAUUGUAACUACUAGUAUUACUUUCACGAAAACUUGACCUGGCCUUGGUCGGUUUGAAAUGAAUAUUAGAUGACAUGAUUAGCUGAGCUUGGAGACAAAUUGGAAGAAUCAUAGAGUAAUAAAUCACACUUUUUGUGGUUGGGUUGUUUUGCAAUGGCAUGUCAGAUGAGAUUGAGUCUGACUUUGAUUCGUUUGAAAUGUACUAAAACCAACUUUGUUAGCAACUGCCGAAAAGUCCAUAGAAGUAGCGCACAACUGAUAUCCUUUGUACAAAAGGAUAGGAAUGAGAGAUUCAGUUCAUUUAAUGGGAAAUGGCUGACAUUUACACGGAGUUUAGGAACCAGCUCUCAAUCUCAAUACCCAUGGCGUGUGAACCCAGUGCUUACCCCUGAACAGACAAGUGAGGUCCUGCAACAAAAUGAAGUCAGUGUCCAUUUUGAUGAGGAAUCGUCACAAAAAGAUGUGCAGAGAUACGACAGUAAUCAGCUGUUUUCCAACAAGCCAGGAGAGGAUAGAAGAGCCAUUGCAGAGUGUUUGCUGAGCAAUGGGAUUCUUUUUGGCAUUUUUGAUGGACAUGGAGGAACAGCUUGUGCUCAAGCAGUAUCAGAACGUCUGUUUAAUUACAUAGCGGCAGAGACACUUCCUUUCCACACCUUGCCAAAGAUUCUAGCCCAACUUCAGAGUGGAGAGGCGAAUGAAUUAGUAAAGUGGCACAGGCAUCCAAAUGAUUAUAAAUUACAAGCUACUGUCGACCUCUACAAGGAAAGCUUGAUCAAAUAUGUCCAAGCGAAUCUCUCUGUAGAUGUUUUGGAUGAUGAUUCUACUGCAGAUGUCCUGAAAACUGCAUUUGAUCGAUUGGAUAAUGAUUUUUCAACAGAAGCAAUGAGAGCCACAACGGAAUCUCUUGGUAUUGAACCUGUUUUAACAGCUGUCACUGGUUCAUGUGCUUGUGUGGCAUAUGUGGAUGAUCAGGAUCUGUAUGUUGCCAAUGUAGGUGAUUGUCGAGCAGUGUUGGGACGUAAAUCUGAGUAUGGUACAUGGGAAGCAGUCCCUUUAACAGUAGACCACAAUGUGCAGAAUCUAGGUGAAGUGGAGCGAAUAAAGGGAGGGCACCCCUCUCAUGAAUCUACAACUGUGAUCAAGAACGGACGACUUCUUGGUGAGCUGAUGCCUCUCAGAGCUUUUGGUAACAUUCGUUUCAAAUGGACUGCCGAGAUGCAACAGAAACUGAUGCGAACAUUCAUUGGUUAUGUCCCACCCAAGAGUUACCACACUCCUCCGUAUCUUAUAACAACACCAGAGGUGACCUAUCGCAGGUUAACUCCCAAUGACAAGUUCCUUAUUCUUGCUUCAGAUGGUCUCUGGGAUAUGCUGACCAAUGAUAAGGCUGUUCAGCUCGUUGGAGAGCACAUGAAAUCCAUGAAAGCUUCAAGCAGCUAUUCUGUAGAGGAAGGUUCUACGUUGAAAAACAUCAUGGCAGAUCUCAAAGAAAGAAUGGACAUCCUCAAGUCAUUAGACACCAACUCUGCUACACAUCUGAUUCGCUAUGCACUCUGCGGAGUUGCAAAUGACUUUGAUCUGAACAAACUGGCCGAGAUUCUGAGUCUUCCAGAUGCUAUUGCAAGGCAGCACAGAGAUGACAUGACUGUCACUGUCAUUUAUUUUGACUCCUGAAAACCAAUAUUUUUGUGGUGAUGGUGUAGGUGUAGGUGUGUGAGUUAAAGCUUAUCUUACAAUCUCUCUUCUCUCUGACUCAGUCUAAACUCUAUCAAAUACUUUAACAUGCUGGUCAGAAGUUCAGAACCCUUUUGACAAAUUACAGCUUCUAUGAAGUAUAAAUUCUUUUUAGUAGCAUAAUUAGAUUGUUGUGGUCGCUUUUUCAAUAGCAUAUUUUAUGGAGCCCAGAAGAGACUUAAAUUUUAAAGGUCUGAUGAAGUUCUAGUGUAUUUCAAUUCAUGAAUCUUAUUGCAUUUUAUUUGUACUGCACCUGAAUUGCAAUCUGUAAUUUUCAGAGACAGCUGAUGCAUAUAGUGGAACUAGUUUUAUCAAGUUUGCAUUUUUUUUCAAAUCCAGAAUUUAUUAAGGAAUGGGAUCCUUGCAUGUAAGUGAAUGUUUUUAACGAGACAUCUCGUGGUAAUGUUCAGUGCCCAAAGGUAAUAAUAAUAUGCAAUCUGGAUAAUCACUAAUUAAAUUACAGUUAUGAAAGAAGUAAAAUUUAUUAGAAAAUAUUACCACAACAAAACAUGCAGGUUAGCAUGUCCUCAGAAUCCUGUACAUGUAACUACAACUGCAAAGUUGAAAGAAACUGUUAUUAUCUCUCUUGCAUAGCAGAGAGAGACUAUACAUGUACAUGUAGGUGCCGCUUUUCCAACGUCUUGCACGAGUUUCAGGUCACAUGACCGAGGUAAAAGGUCAUUUAGGGUCAGUUAACUUUGACUAUGUUGUACUUUUUAAUGUCAUAACUUUGAAAGUGUAUUUGGCUCUAGUUCAUAAAACCUGGAUAUAGAGGUAAUUAAGUGUCACUUGUACAAGUGUCAGGUCACCUGAUUGAGGUCGAAGGUCAUGUAGGGUAAAUGGACUUAUCAACAUUGAAACCGUAACCAAGGUCAAGUUUUAUCAAUGUUACUAUACAGUACUGAAGCGAUGUCAGUUGCCAUGGUGUCAUGGCAGCCUGGUUCUAAACAAAUGAACCGAAUGAAAGCGUUUGUUUCUCAUAGGUAAAAUGGCUGCUAUGGGAUAAUGGGAAAUUGAUUGCUUGCAACCAAUUUUUCAGACAAGCCAAAGUCAUACAAAUGUGUACUGAUGAUCUUCAGCUGUGACUGUUUAGAACCAGCCUGCCAUGACACCAUGGCAACUGACGUCACUUUUCGAUAAGUACUGUAUAACUUUGAAAGUAAAUAGAUCUAUUGCAUUUUAGGGUGAUGAAGUAUCACUGAUCAUUUUGCCAAAUUUUCAGGUCACAUGAUCGAGGUUAAAGGUCAUUCAUGUUCAAUUUAUCAAUUAACUUAGUAUGUUAACUAGUGUUUUUUUGUGAAUAAUUAUUUGUAAUUAGUUGUUUUCAAAAACAGCGCUGCUGCUAUACUGAACCACAUAAGUAGGCGAGACUGCCAGAGGCAUUCAAAUUUUUAUAAAUAUUAUUAGUUACUUCUCACUCUUUGAGUAAAGUGCUCAAGAAUUCUACAUUGAUGAAAAAGUCAUCGCCAUUUUUUGCAGUAGAUUGCAAACCUGUGUAUUUCACGGCCCUUAUUUAUUGAUAUUUUGAUAGUAUAAGAAAAGUUAUAAUUCAGUGAUAUUUGAGGUUUCCUUGAGCUCUGAGACAUGUAUUCACAAAGCUUUCAUUUAUAUCUACCUCAUGACAAUGAGAAGAAUGGUAUUAAAGGACAGUAAUGUUUGAAAAUUUAAUCCUGAGAGACCUUUGAAUGCACAUGUAAAGGCCUGGUCCCACUUGCCGACGGACACAAAACGAAUUCAUAACAGAUACAGCAGACAAGCAAAAUUUUGGGGUGGCUCCAUCCGUUUUCAUCCGCUUCAGACAAAAUGGGCGAAUAAUGAAAUCACAGUGGACAGAUGCUCAAUGGAUAUAGAGGGUACGAAACACGUAUGCAAAGAGUACACAAUGGAUACAUACAGUAUAACGUUUUCCAAUGGAUGGCAAGAAUGAUUCUUUUCCGUUUUACAUCCUCUCUGCAUCCGUAAGUGCAGUGGGACCAAACCUUAAGACUGUGUACCGUAUAUAAAUUUGUUACUGGUGCUAGAUCUUUCUCUUCAAAGUCUCCUUUAUUCUCCCCAUUCAUGGCCAUACAGUUUGCAGAUUUUUUAAAUUUUUUUAGGGACGAGGGUGCCAGAUGUUUAAAAAAUAUUGAAGAAACUCGAAAGUGAGGGAGCAUCAUGGGGGCUCUUUUGCAUUUAAGUUUUCAAAAUUUUCUGCGCCCCCCCCCACUGCAUACUGUCAUGUCUCCAUUACUACAUGUAUGUACAGUGUACUUUGUUUAUGACUGGAGAUUAAUAGCCUCCCAAUCAGAAAAGAAGGAACAUAAUUUAGGUUAUGCACAGUGCACACAAUAGACCAUGGCAUUCAUUGAAUUGAUCAUUCAUGUUUUUUUUAUAUGAACCCAGAACUACAUGUAUUUAAUUAUUCCUUAUUCCAUUGGUCAUUAGUUAGGCUUUGGGGCUACAUACUGUACAUACAUGUUGCAAUACAGGACAAGCGGAGUGUGCAUUAUUGUUCAAUCUGUUGCGCUAUAAAGCUUGAGAUACUUCACCAAGUCAUCAUAUUUAUAUUCAUUCAAAAGUCGCUCAUGAAAUUUUAAAGAGUGGGGUCUGAGAUGGCAUUUGGGUUGUUUAACAUUUUGUGAAUUUCUAGCGGUAUUAAAUGUACUUAACUUAUUUUAUAAAAUUUGUAUAUAUUUUGGAUUCUUCAACAAACCUAAUAUGCUGCAAGAAAACUUUUGAGAGGCAGUCUAGGGAAAAUUUGUCAUAGUUCAAUGUUUUCAUGAGGGCCCUGUAUGAUGUAAAACUCAUACACCCUUUUCACUAGGAUAUUAUGAAGAAAUGGUGAACAUUUAAAUCAUACUCAACAAACGUGUGAUUUAAUAAAAAAACAAAAAACUUUGACUGUAACUAAUCAGUGAUUUUGCAUGGAGUAUUGGAUGAAUUGAUGAUGUUGAUAUUUUUUAGAAGGUAUACCUGUAUAAAGAUGAGUUGAAUGUAACCCUUUGAUUUAACACUUUGAAUUAAAUUAACAGUGACUGAAAUUUCUAAACCUGUAUCACUCUGCUAACAAAGUCUGUAAAUGAAAUUUAUGAUGUAUAAGUUACAAAGUAAAUGAUUUCAUAUCUGAAAAAUACUUCAAAAUGUCAUAUUUAAUUUUGUCAAUUAUCCAGCAAGUAAGAACUUCCUGGUUUAUCUACCAGUUUUAUGGAGAAAAAGUCACCUAUAUUGUUACUUUUUUUUCUGGAUGCAAUCCUUCUGAAUAUGUACAUGUUAAUGAAUGGUGGAUAAUGAAUUCACCUUAUUUCUUUUUAACCCCUAUUUGUUUAAAUUAUUUUUCAGCUAGGAGUCCUAACUGAAAAAUAAUUUUAGGACCCAAGACAAAAUACUGUAAUAUUGACAUAUUGUGUUAAAGCAGACUUAUAGUUAUUUAUUUUUUUGGAUUUACACUUUACAUGAGAGAUCAUUUUAGCACUGUAUGCGGUCAUUUCCAGUCAUUGACAUAGAUGAAUGCUUGCUACUUAAAGAUUUGUUAUGCAUUACAUGUAACUGACUCCUGUCAUUUCUUGAACUCAGUCAAAAUACCACUAAUAAUAUUGCAGUAUUCUCUUUCUAAGGCUUAUUUGAAUUUGAUCCAGGAGUUCUCAACUAUUCCCUGUAUGAACAUGAGGUUUUUUGUAUUUUUUAAAGUGCUUACCGAUGUGCAUUACUAUAAUAAAUUGCAGUGUUGGUAUACUAAACACACACAGGGUAAGAGAUGAAUGGAGUGUAGUUGCAUGAACCUUGCAAUCAAUUGCGAGUCAGUUGUAGGUCCCAAAAUCAAUCGUAAGACAUGCAAUUAAUUGCUGAUUUGCAAUUGAUCAGUGCUUUGCUUUUUGUAUCAACGUACAUGUAUAAGUCUAUUUGAUUUAGUUGGAAUUGAUUGAUUACUUGUUUUUUUACAACUGUAAUAUGCAAUUAAAUGCAAAUAUUUCCUUGCUACCCCCCCCCCCCCCUAUUGGUAGAUAUACAAUAUGGCACCCUGUGUAUAAUGUCAUUUACAUGUACAUUUAUAAUUAAACUUCUUUAAUCAGUUUACGUUACCUAUAUAGUGAAAAUAUUUUGUAAUGGUCACAUUUUAUAUGCCCUUUUUUGCCAUGAAAUGAGUAUAAAUUGUAUAAUGUACCAGUACAUCAGAACAGUGGAAGCUCAGUUGUCAUGCAGUCAUUGAAAUCUUCAGAAAAACUUCUUUGUAGACAUGGGUCUUGCUAGUUGAUCGUGCUUUUUUCUCAAACAAUUAGAUAUAGGAUUGGGGGUGUGAUUUUUAGUAUUCAAUCUCUUUUUAUACCGAGUUCUCACUAUCCUUUCUCAACUGGAUUGAAAAUCUUCUUUCUUCAUGAAAUAUGCCUGGAAUUAAAAUAUGUUUGUCUGUAUUUGGAAUGUGUUUCUUUGAGGGAAAAUGGAUUGUUAUUCUAUUAAAAGCAUAAUUUUUUAAUUUAAA